AGUUUGGAAAAUUGCCAUGUUAUACAAAAUUUACUGAAUUUGCAUAUCACAUUAUAUAUUCGGAAUUUUGAAAGUAAAGUGCCAAUAUUUAAAUAGGAACGUUGUGGCCAACCCGCCACCAGAACUUUGCAGACGAAAUUAUAGGCUGAAGGACACCGUAAAUAGGAUAGUAUGUAGAAUACCUACCCCAUAACAUCAACUCGUCCGUCUUUCACGAAUGUUUGUUGGAAAAAAAGUGAAACCCCAUAUAGAGCGAAGAAAAACAUAUGUGGUCAUAUAGGAGUCACUCGACUUUAGAAAUGAAUGAAAAACUUGUACAAUCCACUGGGAAUGGUUUACAGAGCUCAAUACCGAAAUUAAAUGUUGCUGUUAUCGGUGCAGGACUGGUGGGUUCACUGGCUGCCCUAAAUUUCGCUCGCAAAGGUUACGAAGUUGAUCUUUACGAAUAUCGUCAAGAUAUACGUACAGCAGAACUUGUGCAGGGACGUAGUAUUAAUUUAGCGUUAUCGCAACGUGGACGCAAAGCUUUAGCUGAAGUUGGUCUCGAAGACGAGGUACUUUCAACAGCCAUACCAAUGAGGGGACGGAUGUUGCAUGAUGUUAAAGGCAAUACCUCGAUUGUGUUAUAUGAUCCAUGCACUAAACAGUGCUUAUAUUCAGUGGGACGAAAACAUUUAAAUGAAGUUCUUCUAAAUGCUGGAGAAAAAUUUCCUAACAUUCAUCACCAUUUUGAACACAAGCUAUCGUCCGUAAAUUUCAAUGAAGGAAGCAUGCGUUUUAAAAGACCCUUCCAAGAGGACGCGGAAGCCAAAGCUGAUUUGAUAGUUGGUUGCGAUGGUGCCUUUAGUGCAGUGCGUCAACAAAUGAUUAAAAAAUACGGUUUCAAUUUCUCCCAAGAAUACAUCGAGCACGGCUACUUGGAGCUAUGUAUACCUGCUAAGAACAAUGAAUUUCAAAUGCCUGCCAAUUAUUUACAUAUAUGGCCGCGUGACACUUUCAUGAUGAUCGCUUUACCCAAUCAGGAUAAAUCUUUCACCGUAACUUUAUCGAUGCCAUUCAAAGUAUUCGCUGACAUUAAAACACCCAAAGAUCUUUUAGAAUUCUUCAUCAAGUAUUACAUAGACGCCUUACCGCUUUUAGGCGAGGAAAAAUUAAUAAAAGACUUUUUCAAAUCUAAACCGCAGUAUUUACUAUCGAUAAAGUGCAAUCCUUAUCAUUUUGAAUCGAAAGCUGUAUUACUGGGUGACGCAGCUCACGCUAUGGUACCGUAUUAUGGUCAAGGUAUGAAUGCCGGCAUGGAAGAUUGCAGUUUAUUAUUCUCAAUAAUCAGUCAAACGGAAAUCACUCUGGAUAAAGCUUUAUUGCAAUUCACUGAAUCCCGUUGGCGAGAUGCUCAUGCGAUUUGUGAUUUGGCCAUGUACAAUUACGUCGAAAUGCGCGAUUUAACUAAACGUGUCACUUUUAAAUGUCGGAAAUUUUUGGAUACCACACUUUUCCGAUUCUUUCCCACGAUUUGGGUCCCGCUUUACAAUAGUGUAUCGUUUACUAGUAUGCCUUACAACAAAUGUAUUGCUAAUCGUAAAUGGCAAGAUAAGAUUUUACGCAACAUAUUCUACACAAUCUUAUCUGGCGCCUUGGUAACGGCCACUGCUCUAUAUGUAACGAAUUUAUAGAAAUUCGAUCGAUGUUUUUAUAUUUAACUAUUUAAACUUUUCCCUUUGCACCUCUGCUCUCUCUGUUUCUUACCAAAGAUAUAAUUCAAUUUUAAAAGUUAUAAGACGAUAAAAAAAAACGUGAAAAAAUGAACCUUUUUUUUUGGAAAUUAAUGCUACGAAAAUAACGAAUUAAUCAGUUACUUAUGUUGACCUCUUUCGGAAAUGUGCAUUUAAACUGCUUCACAAGAACUUAGCAAUAACGAGUAUACUCGUCCUACAUAAUAAUAAAUUGGGCUAUAACGAAAUAACUUGAGAAAAUAACAUACACACGAAAUUUUAUGAGAAAAUCCGACAAGGAUCGCGACGUACGCAUUCGUCGCAACACAAAAUUUUGUGUAUUAACGUUUUGAUACAUUCGUCACACAUAGUCAACUGAUUAAUUCGAAUUAACUACGAAUAUGCACAUAAAAAAUCAAAAUUGUUUUUUUUCGAAGAACUCUUAUAAUCAAAAACGUGAUGCGACAUGAUCAAAAUCAAGUGAAAUUAAUUUGUUUUUGCCGAAGAACAUAUUAUUCUUUAUUCUUAUUCUCUUAAUUACACACUAUUGCCAUACAAAACUUUUGUUUCCGCACAAUUCCUUAGAGAGCAAAGGAUACGAAAAAUAGAUUUAUACGUUUCAAACUUUGUACAAUAAAUUUGCAAGUCAUGCUGCUAUUUUGAGACAAAUUUUAUUAUAAAAUACCAAAAAUGAGGCUUUGUCGCCGUCAGAAGGCCUAUAAUUUGUAAGAACAUAUGUGACCCUUCCCUUUCAUAAUGCAUAAUUUUUUGCCGAUUCUUAGUCAAAUUUAUAAACUUCGGCAUCUUUAAAAUAGUUGUUUGCAUAGAGAUUGAUCUUAAAAAUGCUACGGUUCAAUCAAACACAGCGUAGCAUUCAUUCUUGGCCUAAAACUUACUAAAUAGUAAGGGCAAAAUCACAGAAAAUGUGCAAAAUUGCGCUAAUUAUUAGGAAGAUACUCCCGACUAAAGCAAAUUAUAUAUAAUCUGUUUAAUGAAAAAUAUCUACAAUAAAAAUGGCUCCUAUUUUCGAAAAUGACUGUAAAAGGCCUAAUUUCACUUUAUCUCUUCUUUUAUAUGAACUCCAUUCAUCUUUUAUUUCGUUUGUAUACUCUUGGAUUUUCCACACGUUAGUAUUUAAUUUAUGGAAAUAAAAUAAACCUCUAUAGCUUAUAGCCAUUAGUUAUAAACAACAUGCGCUUCCUCUACUUUUUCCACGGUUAUGUUUAAGCUGUGGCUUCUGAUUUAUUUUUGACACUAUUUUAUAUAUUACUUAAGUACUUCAUUUCUAUGAACAGCAAUUGCGCAGUCUCAAAAUCGUUGCCCUCGAAUCUCUACAGUCUCUUUUGCAAGUUGUGCUUUAAAAGUAACUUUGCAAGUACUUUGAUAUUAGUGGCUUCUUCAAUUUGUUUAGUACAUUCCACUAUUUCCAUAUGGGAUUCCUUAUUCAA